CUCGCGAUCGAGAGCAGAAAACCCGCGCGUUCACUUUUGCUCUCUUGGAUCCACGCCGCGGAUUGAAGCACAGGAGAAAGGAAUCGAAUCUCUCUUGGGUCAUUUUCUCCCCCCAUCCAUAUGGGUCAUGGGUUCAGGACUUUCCACUUCAUCCAGAGCCGCGGUCAAACUGACCAAUGAUAAAUGCUACAGAACUGACUCCAAUAGAAAUCAAUUCAAGUUAGAGCCCGUCAUAUUAAGCCGCGGAGAAGUGGACGGAAUUCUAGAAGAUGAUUCUCAUAAAGUAGGGACUUAUAUACUGUACGAGGAUUUGGAAAAAGAAAAAAUGUAUUUAGCUUUCAAGACUUCUGACAAGAAGAUCGCCCAUUACGCCAUUGUAAAGAUGAACGACUUGUACUAUUUCAACGACUUCCCCUUCCCGUACUUAGAAUCCAUUGUCUUGUAUUACAAGAAAUACAAAUUCAAGGAUACCAAGCUAACGAAUCAGGCUUUCCUGGAGCCCUAUCUUCGGACUCAGCAGACGAAAAGGAAGUCCUCCAGGUCUCUCAUAUCGUCUUCAGUGGACGGCCUCAACAACGAGACCAUAGAAAACGACAAAACGUGGACAUACGGACAUUACAAAUCACUUUCGACGAGAUUAUGAACCUAAUUUAUACGAAGAACGUUUUGUUGUACCAUACUCUGCUUAUGAAAUGAAAGCCGAGUGCACGUUACUGUCAAAAGCCAUAUCUUGUGAAAUGACUGAAAUGAUUGUUCAUUUUGCAUUUGUUGUUUGCGGUGACUUUUAUACAGUCAUGCCAAGGUUUAUGAAGUUUGUGUUUCCCAGAAUGUUUCAAGUGCCAUUCCAAAAUAUUAAAAGUGUUUCAACAGGAAUAUCUUUUUUUAAAUAGAAAUAAAAAGAUAUUUUGUGUCAUAUAUAAGAAUUAGCAGUCCUAUUGUUUGGAAGCUUUCACAACAUUUGUGCAAUUUCUGUAUUGUUGCCCACGUCGAAGACAAACAAAACAUGUUAAUGAUGAAUAAAUCAUUAACUGUAAAAUAUUGAUGUUAAUGAUGUAAUGAUUAAACAUGUUAAUGAUGAAUAAAUCAUUAAAUGUAAAACAUUGAUCCAGAUACAUAUAUCUGCUGUUUCGACAUGCUAUAUUAUACGGCUGCUUUGUAAUCUGUAUUUAUCAGUUUAUAUCUGUGGAUUAGCAGCUAUUUUGUGAUCUUUCAAAGCUGUUACAAUAUGAAGUAUAAUCGAAUUAUCUGAGAAGAUAUUAUUUAAGUUGAAGAUGAGUUAUUUUAUUAUCCUAGAUUGUUCCUGAUUUCAAAAUGACGCAAUGGUGCUACCUGAAUCUUGUUAAAGGAAGCAUGUGUUCCAUAUUAGAAAACUAUAACCAUAUUUUUAUGGAAAGCCGACAAAUUGUCAAGUCUAUAGUUUGUGAAGGGUCAAGAAAUGGAAAGGGCUACUUAAGUUAGAAGUAUGAAUGACUUUGUCAUUUUGAAAGAUAUGUGGAUAUUGUAGUUUAUUUAAUGGUUUAUUAAUGAUUGUUAUAUAGUAUUUAGUUGUAUUUUCGAAUUAUGGUUCUGUGUAUUUUGAAAUGUUGUAUUUGUUGCGGAAAAUGCCUUCCAUAAAUAUUAUUAUUUUUGA